AUGAGUAGCUUUCUCCAGCCUCCCUCUGAAGACACCACCCGGCUCCAGCAGCAGGACCUCCAGCAGAACCUGACCCAGCAGGCGGUGACAGACUUGGUCCUGAGGGAUCCAGGCCUGGGUCAUGUUAAUGACCGAGCGGUGUCCUGCCCUCUCCUGCCUCAGGUGGAGGACUUCUGGGCCCAUCUACUCUUCCAGGCAUCGUUGGAUUAUAUUCCAGUCACAGUGCCAUGCUUUCUUACCUCGGCUGUGGAUCUUCAGAAGCAGUCGCUUCCGCGCUCCUCCGUCGUCUCGCAAGAACCGGAAGAUGCGGAUUCCUUAGUUUGGGUUCCACCUCCAAAGGUGGAUAUGGCCAUAUCGAAGCUCUCCAAAAGAACCCUAGUCCCCUCAGACGACGGCAGCAACCUAAAGGACCCCCUAGACAGACGAGCAGAGUGCACGCUUAGACGCAACUACUCGGCUGCCUCCGCCUCUGCCUCGGUUGCUAUAGCGUGCUGUGAAGUUUCAGAGUUUAUCCGUGCGCGCACUCUCAGAGUCCAAUCAGGCUUGGAUUCUGGGGUUGCCCGGGACGACAUCCUGGAUCAAUUUAAGACUCUCUUACUGGGGAUUGAUUUCCUAUCAGAUUCCUCCCAACAACAAUCAAAAUUAGCGGCCAAGUCUAUGGCGCUUUCCUCAGCCAGCAGGCGCCCACUCUGGUUAAAACCAUGGGCGGCGGACAAUACGUCCAGGUUUAACCUUUGCUCCCUUCCCUAUGAACCAGGUAGAUUGUUCGGUUCUGAAUUAGAUUCUCUCAUGGAGAACUUAGCGGACAAGAAAGAUCUACAGGAACUCAACCUCCCAGUGGAUAUGACAUUGAGAGAGAAGUGUAAGAUGCUGUGGGCUCGUCUGAGGAAGGAGCACCGGAGCCUUGUCAUUCAGAUGAGAAGAGCAGAUCUGCAGCCCUCGGUGCUGGUGCAUGGAGUGCAGUUACUGCGGCGGGUCACUGCUCCCCUGCCGCUGCUUUAUGUCACCCACAUCUCCGAGCAGAGGAGCCUGGUGUCUGUGGACUGCGCUGGGACUGUGCGGCUGCAUUAUGAAGAUGGUCGGCUGCGUGGCACUAGGCAGCUUCCGUGGUUGGUCUCUGGUGUACUCUCAGCGUGUCAGGUCCAGCUGUACGUGGCCUGGAACCCGCAGGAGCUGCUGCUGUUGGACACUUCAUUUGGCUUCCUGUCCAGAAGUCCUGUGCAGCAGGGCGUGUCCUUGUGCGUGUACCACCCCGGGAGGAACCUGCUCUUCUCAGCUGGAUGUGGUGGGGUCAUCGUGUGGAGCUUGGGCCACAGCAGACGGAGCCUCGUACUACAGCAGUCCCUGAGUCAGGGGAUGACCGACGAGGACAGGGUGAGCGCUCUCACCGUGGACUCCACCUCUCCACAUGUGCACACGUGUUAUGCUGCGUGUGGGACCAGUGUGUGGGAGUAUGACGUUAGUGAUGGGACCCUGCGGAGCGUAAGGAGACACCUGCACUCCAGGCCGAUCAGCCAUCUUCUGUUCUCCGAGCAGCUUCGCCUCCUAAUAUCAGGAUCUCGAGAUGGAAGCAUCAAGGUCUGGGAUGAUGCAGCUCAGCUUAUGGCCGUGUAUGUGGGACACACAGGUCCUGUCACCGGGCUGUCUCUCACCUCUUCAGGGACGGUCCUUGUCUCUGGGUCAGAGGAUGCUUCUCUGCGGAUAUGGGACCUCACCACCCAGGAGCAGAUGGAGGAGCAGCGAGUGUCGGAGUCUCUGUUGGGACUGGAUGCUUUCUGCAGCAAUGGGCACUAUAUUGUUUCCUAUAGUAGCCAUGAGCUGCAUGUCUGGCAGGUCCAUAACUUGUACCAACUGCACUGCCACCUGGGAACCUCUGUGACCAGCAUUACUGUCAGUGAAGAUCUCACGCCCUCCAGAGCCCUGUGUGUCUGCGCAGAUGCUACUGUGCGGCUCAUAUCUUCAUCCACGGGACAGGUGAUAGCAGCCCUGGAUGGAGGCGAGCGGCUGCUGGGGGCAGAAUACUGCGCACUCCAAGGCACGGUCUAUGUACUGCUCGGAGAUGGACACCUAUUGAAGGCCACUGCCCUGACCCAUCCCAUGCAUGUGGCUAGUAGGGUGAAGGUCAGCAGUCCACACAGUCUCCCCUGCUGCUUUAGCCUGUUCUCCUGCGCAGUGGACAAGGAGGCAGCAUUCACUGACAGCAAAGCAGGGAGCAAGCAGCAACCGCAAGAAGGUUCAGGAGAGAAAGAACAAUUGUGGAACAGGAAAAAACUCAGAUUCUUCUGUAUAAUUGGAUACGAUGAUGGCAAUCUCCGAGUGUAUAACGGCUACUCAAACCUCCUGCAGUGUGAGAUCGAGGCACAUAAUCCCGGCCAAGUCACCUGUCUGAUGUCCAUCCCGGGGAACCAUACCAUCGUAUCGGCUGGGUCCGAUCUGACAGUGAAGGUCUGGAGAUUCUUCCCAUACAGUGAGGAUAGCCUGAGUCUGUGUAUGAGCUUUUACUGUGCUCAGCAGGUUGGACGCCUGUGCUCCCUCAAUUCUCAGCUCUUUGUCGCCUUCCACGACUCAUCCAGUGCAACCUACACGCUUGUGCAGUACUGUCUGAAGACUGGAAGACGAAACGACCAUCCGUCUGGUCACGACCAUCAGGACCAGAUAACAGGUCUUUGUGCCAGCUCGGGACUGGGCCUAGUGGCCUCAUGUGGAAGAGACAGAACCAUCCGCCUCUGGACAGAGGACAACCGCCUGCUCAGGACCCUUUGUCUCAAUGCUUCUCCUGAAAGCCUCUCCUUCGGUAGCGGUCGAGGGGAUCUGCUGGUGGGAAUUCAUGGGCACAUUUACCGGAUCAGCCUGAUGACGUUGCUGCCUCAUCCAUACAAGCUGAAGGUAAUGUGCCUGGAGUCUCCCCCUGAUGCUUCUGAUCCCACCAUUCCUGCCCAGUGCAAUCUGAAAUCUGGUGGUCCAGAGGACAUGAAGAGGCGCACACAACCCUGCAGCCUCGUGCACAGGACCGCAGGGGACGGUUUCUAUGAUUCUGUGGAGACAACUAAAGAAAAUAAAACGGUACAAGAAGCAGGAGGAGGCUGCGGGAGAACGGGGCAGGGAGCGGACGCCGCAGCCAUGUCUCAGGAGUGUUGGAUACUAAGCUCCAGGGACCAGGAGCUUCACCUCAUCCAGAUGGGAAAACUGAGAUCCCGAAAAAGGACAAAGAACAACAAAGAGACCAGUCGGGAAGCCAUGGAGAAAUAUCUACAGAUCCUCUAUCAGGAGAAACCGAGCUAUAGA